AUGAACAUUUUAAUUAGACACAAAGAAGAGGAAUAUGAUUUAGAAAACUUCUGGAAAAUCGAGUCAUUAGGAAUAACGCCUCAGAAUAAGGAAAAAUCAAACGCAGAAUAUUUGGAAAACUUCAUAUCUACAAAUAUAUCGUACGAUGCCAAUACUUGUAAAUACACAGCAAAACUUCCAUGGAAAGACGAACAUAAACCACUUCCGUCCAACAUCGACAUAGCUAGACGAAGAACAGAAAAUGUAGUACGAAGACUCAGCAACGAUCCGUUUUUACUUAGAAAAUAUGGUGAGAUUAUAAACGACCAGGAAAAGAGAGGAUUUAUUGAACGCAUAGACAACCCAACAACAAGCACAGAACAUGCGCAUUAUAUUCCUCACCAUUCAGUCAAGAAAGAUUCCGCUACGACACCCAUCCGUAUUGUUUAUGACUGUAGCUGUCGUCGAUCACAAGACACGCCCAGUCUGAAUGAUUGUUUGCGCAAAGAACCCCCGAUCUUAAAUGACAUAUCAACACUUUUGAUGCGAUUUAGAGAGAAUAGAUAUGCUGGUGUUACCGAUAUAGAGAAGGCGUUUCUUCAAAUCACGCUAGACGAGAAAGACAGAGAUAUGACGAGAUUUUUCUGGCUAAAGGACUCAACAGACCCUACAUCAAAGUUGAUUACUUACCGCUUUAAAACCCAAAGAUGA